AUGCACCUCCAAAUCCCCGGUGCACCAGGGCCUCAAAACAACCCCAAUCAAACCCAUACACCAAUUGCAACCCCCAUUCCCUCCCACGCAUUCAAGAUGUCCACAACCCUCCAAGCGCGCACAACCUACCGCGCCCUCCUCCGCGAACUCCCACGCCGCUCCCUCAAAACCCCAUCCCCACUCCACCAACGCCUACGCACACUCUUCCGCUCAGUGCCAGCCACAUCAUCAUUGCAAUCGGAAUCGCAAUCCAACGCCCUCCCCUUUUCAAUCCCCAAAACAGAGGAAGAACGCAUCCUCCGCGUCCAAGAAGCAGAUCAAUUCGCUCGGUAUGCCCGCGCCCAGCGCGUCUACUCUGAGCUCCUUGAGCGCUAUAACCCGGGUAUGAGUAUGGAUGAGGAGGAGAAGAUUCGUCUUACGGCGAGACGGGUUGGCUUUGAUUUGCCUGAGUUGCAUGUUCCUAGAAAAGAGUAA